AUUUCUUUUGGAACAAGAAACAGAGGGAGAGCCACCCCAAUCCGACUCUCUCUAUAAAUCUUCCAUUCCCCUUCUCCUUGCGCCACCGGCCACCCCUCCCUUCAUCUCUCAUUUAUCUCUGCAAAACUCUUCUUUUCUCUCUCUAGAAAGAUGAGUAUUCCGGCUGAAUCGUCCGACUGCAAGGGGACGAAAAGGGACUUCAGCACUGCGAUUCUUGAGCGGAAGAAAGCCCCCAAUCGGCUCAUUGUUGACGAAGCGACCAACGAUGACAACUCCGUCGUCGCCCUUCACCCGGAGACUAUGGAGAAGCUUCAGCUUUUCCGCGGUGACACCAUUUUGAUCAAGGGCAAGAAAAGAAAAGAUACCAUCUGCAUUGCCCUUGCUGAUGACACUUGUGAUGAACCAAAGAUUAGGAUGAACAAGGUUGUUAGAUCUAAUCUUAGGGUCAGACUUGGUGAUGUGGUUUCUGUGCUCCAAUGUCCUGAUGUCAAAUAUGGUAAAAAAGUCCAUAUUCUUCCUGUGGAUGACACUGUUGAAGGAGUCACUGGAAAUUUGUUUGAUGCCUACUUGAAGCCUUAUUUCCUGGAAGCAUACCGCCCUGUGAGGAAGGGUGACCUCUUUCUUGUGAGGGGUGGAAUGAGAAGUGUAGAAUUUAAGGUUAUUGAGACUGAUCCCGCAGAAUAUUGUGUGGUUGCCCCUGACACAGAGAUCUUUUGCGAAGGAGAGCCUGUGAGAAGGGAGGACGAGGAUAGGUUGGAUGAGGUUGGUUAUGAUGAUGUUGGUGGAGUUCGUAAACAAAUGGCACAAAUUCGGGAACUUGUGGAGCUUCCUUUGAGGCAUCCUCAACUCUUUAAGUCAAUUGGUGUCAAGCCACCCAAAGGGAUUUUGCUAUAUGGGCCACCUGGAUCUGGAAAGACUCUAAUAGCGCGGGCUGUUGCUAAUGAAACUGGUGCUUUCUUUUUCUGUAUUAAUGGACCAGAGAUUAUGUCAAAAUUGGCUGGAGAGAGUGAAAGUAAUCUCAGGAAAGCAUUCGAGGAGGCUGAGAAGAAUGCACCUUCCAUUAUCUUCAUUGAUGAGAUUGAUUCAAUUGCUCCCAAACGAGAGAAAACUAAUGGAGAAGUUGAAAGGAGAAUUGUUUCUCAGCUCUUAACGCUAAUGGAUGGACUUAAAUCCCGUGCCCAUGUCAUUGUUAUUGGUGCCACAAACCGUCCUAACAGCAUUGAUCCUGCAUUGAGAAGGUUUGGUAGAUUUGAUCGGGAAAUAGAUAUCGGUGUUCCAGAUGAGGUUGGCCGCCUUGAGGUUCUUCGGAUCCAUACAAAGAACAUGAAGCUCUCUGAAGAUGUUGAUCUAGAGAGAAUUUCAAAGGAUACACAUGGUUAUGUUGGUGCUGAUCUAGCAGCUCUGUGCACUGAAGCUGCACUUCAAUGCAUCAGAGAGAAGAUGGAUGUGAUUGACUUGGAAGAUGAAUCUAUAGAUGCAGAGAUACUCAACUCUAUGGCUGUUACAAAUGAGCACUUCCAGACUGCUCUUGGAACAAGCAACCCUUCUGCUCUCCGUGAAACUGUUGUUGAAGUUCCUAAUGUCAAUUGGGAAGAUGUUGGAGGCCUCGAGAACGUUAAGAGAGAGCUUCAAGAGACUGUUCAAUAUCCUGUGGAACAUCCAGAGAAGUUCGAGAAGUUUGGUAUGUCACCCUCAAAGGGAGUUCUUUUCUAUGGUCCACCUGGAUGUGGAAAAACUUUGCUGGCCAAAGCCAUUGCUAAUGAAUGUCAGGCAAACUUCAUUAGCGUCAAGGGUCCAGAAUUGCUUACUAUGUGGUUUGGAGAAAGUGAGGCCAAUGUCAGGGAAAUAUUUGACAAGGCUCGCCAAUCUGCUCCCUGCGUCCUUUUCUUUGAUGAACUCGACUCAAUUGCCACCCAGAGAGGAAGCAGCGUCGGAGAUGCCGGGGGUGCAGCUGACAGGGUGUUGAAUCAACUUCUUACAGAAAUGGAUGGAAUGUCAGCAAAGAAAACAGUUUUCAUCAUUGGGGCAACCAACAGACCAGACAUAAUUGACCCUGCACUCUUGCGCCCUGGCCGUCUUGAUCAGUUAAUUUACAUCCCUCUGCCUGACGAGGAAUCUCGCCUGCAGAUUUUCAAGGCCUGUCUAAGGAAAUCUCCUGUUGCAAAAGAUGUUGACCUUGGAGUCCUUGCUAAGUACACCCAGGGCUUCAGUGGUGCUGACAUUACAGAAAUAUGCCAAAGAGCGUGCAAAUAUGCCAUUCGGGAGAAUAUUGAGAAGGAUAUUGAGAGGGAAAAGAGGAGAGGGGGGAACCAGGAGGCCAUGGAAGAGGAUGUUCAGGAUGAUGAUGAUGAGGUAGCAGAGAUCAAGGCCGCCCACUUUGAGGAGUCAAUGAAGUAUGCUCGUCGGAGUGUGAGCGACGCGGACAUUCGCAAGUACCAGGCAUUUGCUCAGACACUGCAACAGUCGAGAGGGUUCGGGGCCGAAUUCCGAUUCUCCGAGACCAGUGCCGGAGCGGCUGCCUCGUCGGACCCAUUUGCAGCAUCUGCGGGUGGGGCUGAUGAAGAUGAUUUGUAUAGUUAGGCCAACUCUCUCUCUCUCUCUCGGCCUCUGUUCUCUUAAGCAUUUGUGACAAGAUUAGAAAGAGUCAGUUCCACUGGCAGUGGGGAAUGUUUCCUUCUUGUAUAGGAAUAGGAUCCUGUUUUUCAAUAAUUUGAACUCUUUAAAAGUAGGGGAUUAGUUUUUGUUGCAUCAAUAUUUAUUUGAACUCAAAAAUAUCUGAAGCCAAUGUCGUUGAAUCUCAAGAAUUCAUGUUUUUGUGAGUUACUUAUCCGUUUUUA